AUGCAAAUGAUUCUUUUCGUUGGAAAACGUCUUACGGAGUUACUAGGUCUAUUUUCCAUUGUCUCUCAUCAUAGUGCUCAAACGGAAUGGAAUACCAUCAAGAAAAAUGAAGAACUUGUCAAAGAAAAAAUUGAAGAAUAUUUGGAAAUAUAUAAUCGGUCAAGUACGCCUAGUUUACCCGAACCACAACCUGUUAUUCCAAAACCGAAAAAAGCAAAAAAAAAGAAAGCUAAAAAACGUGCACGUUCUGAUUUAUCCGAUACUGAAAUUGAAGAUAUUGAAAGAACGAUGUCAUUUGCACCAGUUACUAUACCAACUAAUAUCCGUCCAGGACCAAACGGUAUCUCAAAUCAAGCCGCUUCCUAUAUACCUUAUUCAAAACAACAAAAAACCAAAGCACCUGCUCAAGAAUUAACUUUACGUGAAUUAAAUGAUAUUAAUGAGCGUAUAGCAUCACUAGUACAAGUAAAAAAUAUGGGUUUAUCAACAGUUGAAAAUGCAAAACAGUUAAGAAAACUUGUUGAACAACGAAAGAGAAAAGCACAAGAACUCAAACGCCUACAAUCAAAACAGCGUGCAUCAAACAAGUAUCGUGAUAAACGAAAAAAAAAAGUUGAACAAUUGUGUGAAUCAAAUCCAGAAUUGGCUACAGAAUUGAGUAAAAUCUAUCGUGGACAAGUUGGUCGACCACCCAUCGAAGAACAAUGUCCAGAUUUGUUAUCAAUUAUUGAAGAAAUAGCUAAAGUAGGUGGAGCAUCGGAUGAUCGUCGUCGAUCAGAAACCAUUCGACCAUGUUUAACAUUGGAUGAUUUAAGAGAAAAAAUUAAGCAAAGGGGCUAUGACAUUAAACGAACAACGUUAUAUUACAGACUUUUGCCUCACCGUGCCAGUUCAAUCGAUGGUCGUCGACAUGUUCGCACUGUACCCGUUCGAUUACGUCGUGCUCAAAAUGAUGAACAUGGUAAACAUGAAGAUGGUCAUUUUGCUACAGCUACAAUUCGUUAUAUCAAAGAUUUAGCUGGCAUAUUCGGUAACAAUUGUAUAUUUUUCUUAUCGCAAGAUGACAAAUGUAAAGUACCAAUCGGUUUACCAGCCGCCAAAAUUCAAGCACCAAUGCUAAUGCAUUUGGAUUAUGCUGUGCGAUUACCUGAUCACGAUUGGACCGUGGCUCCAAGACAUCAGUUAACACCAUCGGUUUAUGCUGCAUGUAUGAUUGGUCCAGAAGGCGAUGUAGGUUAUUCGGGUCCAACUUAUAUUGCUAUUCGAUCAGCUAAACAUGAUCGAUCUGAUGCACAAUCACAUGCAAACGAUUUUGAUACCCUUGUACGAUUAAAAGAAUUCGAAAAAUCUGCACGUGAUCAUAAUGGUGAUGUUAAACCAAUUAUUAUUAUCACGGUUGACGGUGGACCAGAUGAAAAUCCACGAUUUCCCAAAACGUUAAUGGCUGCUAUUCGAAAAUUUCGUAAAUAUAAUUUGGAUGCUCUCUUUAUAUUAACGCAUGCACCUGGACAAUCAGCUUAUAAUGUUGUUGAGCGUCGAAUGGCACCAUUGUCACAUGAUUUGGCUGGUCUUAUAUUGCCUCAUGAUCAUUUUGGUACACAUUUAAAUGAUAGUGGCGUAACGAUAAACCAAGAAUUAGAGAAAACAAAUUUCAAAAAAGCGGGUGAAGUUUUGGCUGAAGUAUGGUCCGGUUCAGUUAUUGAUGAGUAUCCAGUUGUGGCAGAAUAUAUCGAACCACCAGCAACAACACCAGAAGAAAAAAGACAAGUUGACAUUAUAAUGGUGAUGGACAGUCUUUUAAGGACUAUAUGUGCCGAAGAGGAAGCAGAAGAAGGUCAUGAAUUUCGUAUUCAUGCGUCAGAUGAACAUUACCAAGAAAAAUGUCGUGUACGAGCUCAUUAUAAUGAUGAUGAGGAUGCAAAAUAUCACACUCGAGGUGAAUUUCCAAAAUAUGAUAUAGAUGAAUAUUGGUGUGCCACGCAUGUUCUUCAAACUCAAUAUACCAUUCAAAUUGUACGAUGUAAUAAUCCAAUAUGUUGUGGUCUAUGGCGCUCAAAUUAUGUUCAAGUUUUUCCACAUCGAUUCUUACCACCACCUGUACCAUUCGAACGAACGCCGAGAGGAAUACAAAUGGCAGAGAAAGAUUAUCAAAAAGGCCAGUUUUAUGGUUCUCUAUUUCAACGUAUUCAAUUCCAUGGUGUAGUUAUUAAUCAUACAAGAAAUGAUAUGUUACCAUUUGAUUAUUGUUGUUCAUCAGUGAAAAAAGAAAUGAAAAGACGGAUUUGUACAAUUUGUAAACAGUAUAUACCAAGUGCUUAUCGAAUGAAACAACAUUAUAAAAUACAUCAACAGUACGAUCAAGACUACGAAGAAGAUGAUUUAAAUGAGUUAAUUGAACAAUCAGAAGCCGUACAAUUAAAUGACGGUCAAGAUGCUGCUGCCGCUGCUACUACCACGAACAAUGGUGGCGCAAUUGUGUUCAACGAUAUGUUAGACUGGUUGAAAUCGGAUUUUGAAGAAUUAGAUUUACAAGCAAAAGAGACAGCGGCCAUUGCACAAAACACAAGAUCUAAAAAGAAACUCUAG